GGAGGACCGUCCCGUAGCUCACUCACUGCUUGGACAGCCCCGUGUGAAAACUAAACCUUCACCUCGAUACGAGCGAAACCUUGUUUUCUCUGUGUUUACGCCCUGUUUACAAUGUGAGGAGAAUGGCCGGGACAAGCUCAGAUUGGGUGGAGAUCUUGGAGCCACGCUCCCGUGAGCGUAUGUAUGUGAACUUGACCACUGGUGAGUGCGGCUGGGAACCCCCUGUAGAUGCUCCGGUCCGUCAAGCAGACGGCAACCAGUGGUGGGAGCUAUUCGACCAUCAAAGUGGCCGCUUCUACUACUACAACUCCACCGGACGCCGCACAGUCUGGCACCGACCCCAGGGAGCCGAUAUAGUGCCACUCUCCCAGCUCCAGGCCAUGAAGCGCUGCAGCGAGGCCAAACGGGCGGGAGGGGGCGUGGACAGGCACCACCAUGGGACCACGGGGAGUAUCAGCAGUGUGGGGAGCCAGGGAUGCUGCACCCCUCUGCCCGAGCAGGGCGGAGACAGUCCUGUUCCCAGAGCCUUGGAGACCAGUGAGGUGCCUGCCAACCCAGAGCUGGACCCAGCAGUGGACAGCAGAUCGCAGGGAGAUGGAAGCAGCACUGAACACAGCACAGAUGGCAGCAAAGAACCGCAGAGGGAUGCCUCUCAAAGAUGGCAGCCCACUCCUGGUUCUAAGGCAGCCAUGUUGGUGAAGGUGAACAGCAUGAGUCGUAAUCAACCCAGCCCAUCUUUGCAGCAGCAGCAGCACCUCCAGCACAGUGCACACGGCAAAGCCAACACCUUCACUCUGCACCAAUCCAGCAGUAAGGCCCAAGGAGGACACGUAAGCUCCAACCAGGGAUAUAAAACUGCCCCUUCUGGCAAAAUGUCAGCUGAUACACGCCAGGCCCAUCACCUGAGAAAAGCCAGCAAUGGCAGCUUCUGUUUGGUGUCAUCAGAAAGCGGCCAUCCCAGUCCACUCCUGCACAGGUCACAGACCAGCACACCGCGCCCCGUCUCCCCCCAGUAUGGUUGCACUGCCCCAAUCUAUGACGAGCCAGUUUCAGACUGUCCCAUAUAUGACGAACCCCCGAUUGACAUGGAGGUAGAGGGGUCGCACCUGUACAACGGGCAACCUCUGUCUCGCCUGACGCCCACCCAUAGCCUCCAGAAACCAAGACACCUCCAGCACCCUGUCUCAUCUCAUCCAGGGUCCAGACACAGGAGGAAUCCUUCUGCCUCUGACUAUAGCCCAGCUGGUCUGGAGUGCAUCAAGCACAUGAUCAACGUGGACCCCAAACAGCUCCUAUCCAGCUCCCCUGCAUCCACACGUGCCCCCUCCCCUACCUCCAGGCAGGACCCAGUCUUGACCCAGCCUCAGCCACAUCCCCAGUCCCACGCUCACUCUUUGCCCCCGGCUCGAGGCCAGUUGAGGGACAGAGAGGCGGGGACCCCGGGGCCAAGUACAUUGGACAAGAAGCAAAGCUGGCGGGUGCUGGAGGCCACUGUCCAGCGAGCCAUGGAGGCGAGGCACAGUAGGCAGAGCAGCCAGGCCUCGCAGGACUUCCCCUCCUCAACUCCACAGGCCACAGCAAACUAUCAAGACUCUGGUUACUCCACUGGCCCCUCUCCAAGUCUGAGAAGAAAGAGCAGGAGGAGGGUGGGAGCCAGCGGCGGCGCAGGAGGCAGGCCGGGGUCAGUAGGCAGCAACGGAGAGCUGUGCGCCCUCAACGAAAGGCUGAUGGCCGAGAUGAGGGAGGUGGUGAGUCGCUCCAACACCAUGAGGGAGGUGAGAGCAGGACUGGACCCAGAGAUGGGAGAGAGAGUGGUCGUACCUCGGACACGCUCCCCCGCUGACUCACUCAGGUGGUACGGUGCAGGAGGGGGGUCGGCCGGCAGGUGCUCAUCACGAGAAGACCUCACCGGGGCUGCCCGCUCACUGAGUAGGGCAGGUAACCAUGGCAACCCUGCUCUGACCCCUCUGGAGAUACCAGGGCGGCAGAAAAGGACCUAUGAGAAGGUGGACACCCUGGAGUUGAGCGUUAAUAGCCAAGCCAGCCUGUCUUCACCAGAGACCCCAGGACCACCCUCUCAGGCGGGCACCCUCGAGCUGCAGGCUCAGUUGGAAAGCAGGAAGAAAGGCAUGGUGGACGGGCGGACCGCUUCCCUCGGCCCCCACCGACCUUCCAACCACGACAACAGAGAGGGAGGUGAUGGGGCAGGAGGACGAGCGGGAGGAUCCUCCUACCAGCUCUCCUACGCCACCUUGCGGCAGCCCCCGCCUCCGGACAUGGGUAUGGAGGAUUGGGCCAGCAAGCACCUCAACAUGCACACGCAAGGCCUGUUCCGGCGCCGCGUCUCCAUCGCCAACAUGCUGUCGUGGAACCGCGGCUCCAUCAAAAAGCCCAUGCUGGUCACCAGCAACCGCGCCGUCAGAAAGGAGGCCUGCGAGAUGUUCAAGCUGGUGCAGGCCUACAUGGGAGACAGGCCCUCGCGCCUGGAUCGCCGUCACAGCGCCCUGCUCAUCAUCACCAAGUGCUGGGACAUGCCGGGGUUGCGGGACGAGCUGUACGUACAGCUAGUGAGGCAGACAACGGGCAACGCAACCCCCAGGAGCUUGGCGGCGGGCUGGGAGUUGAUGGCGGUCAGUUUGGCCUUCUUCGCUCCCUCGCCCAAGUUCCGCUGCUACCUGGAGGGCUACAUCCAGAGACACAUGGAGCCCAGCAGCGACAAGAAAUGUGAGUCUCAGACUGAGCAACAGGUGACCCAGUUCAUACUGGAACAGCAGGAACUGAAACUGAAGAAGAAUUCAAAGUCCAGAAAGAAACGGAAACAGAACACCGAGGAGGAAGAGGGUCUUCCCAUCAGCACAUAUGCCAAGUUCUGUCAUCGGAAACUGCAAAAGGUGGCGAUCACUGGAGGCAAAAAGGGGCUACGCAAGCCCACCUUGGAAGAGAUCGACCACAGUAGGCGGGCUAUCGUCACCCCCUCCCUGUUCGGCAGCUCCCUGGAGGAGGUGAUGGAGAGGCAAAGCGAGCUCUUCCCAGACAGGAAACUGCCUUGGGUGCAGGUUCAGCUUUCCCAGUAUGUCCUGGCUCUCGGCGGGGCUCAGACAGAGGGCAUCUUCAGGGUGCCUGGAGACAUUGAUGAAGUGAAUGCAUUGAAGCUCCAAGUAGAUCAGUGGAGGAUCCCGGAGAAUCUGUCAGAUCCCAACGUUCCUGCCUCCCUGAUGAAGCUGUGGUAUCGGGAGCUGGAGGAACCUCUCAUCCCCAUGAACUUCUAUAUGCAGUGCGUCAGUAACUGCGAUGAUCCAGUGGCGGCCAUCGCUGUGGUUCAGUCUCUGCCUGAGCUCAACAGGCUGGUGCUCUGCUACUUCAUCCACUUCCUGCAGGUAUUCGCCCAGCCUUCUAAUGUGGCCAUAACCAAGAUGGACGUGAACAACCUGGCCAUGGUUAUGGCCCCCAACUGCCUCCGAUGCCAAUCAGACGACCCGCGGAUCAUCUUCGAAAACACGCGCAAAGAGAUGUCCUUCCUGAGAAUGCUCAUUGUUCACCUCGAUACCAGUUUCAUUGAAGGGGUGGUUUAGACUCUGCAAACCACAGAACCCACCUCGGGUGCUGGAUCAGCCCUCCAGCAUCUACAGUUACACAUUUACACAGUAACCUACAAUCAUACAUUAACACUGUCUCUGUUCAGACCACACUGGAAACUCACGGGGUGAGAUAUGACAACUCUUGCAACAGCUGGAGUAAGAAAACAGCUUGGACAUUGACUUGUGUGCUCUUCUGCUUUCUUACUGAGAGACAAUACACAUCAGCUGAAGUUUCACUGUGUUUUUUUGAUACUAGAAUCCACAGUGACGGCAUGUGAGAGCCAAGAAGCAACUCACGGAUACUCAGAUUGUAUCCUUGGAGCUAGCUUUAACAUGACUGUAAUUUUCUAACCACUGCAUGUGAAAACAGAUUUCCUCUUUCAUUUCCUACUUAAUGGGUAGUACUACAAUGUAAUUGUACAACAACUGAGCUGGGUAAAGUGAGAGUCUUACAUGAUUCACUUCAAAAGUAAUCACUUGCUAACAAACUAAAGACAGAAGCGUUGAUGCUCUGCCUCUGUUUUGACUCUCUGGUUUCAUUCAAGUGUGUUUGUGUGCGUGUGACUGUCAGAGUGUGAACAAAGACACGGUCUUCUUUUAUCAUGUACAGAAAACUGAAAAUAUGAAAAGUAAAAUAAAUCUUUUAAUGGUGUCUUAUUAAUAAGCUUGUGCUGUUUUGAGUAGUUGUACUGAUGACUGGCCUCCUCGUAUUUCAUUUUUACGAGACAAGAAGCCACACCGCCGCAACUAUUUUGACUAUUUUGAGUACAGAGCCUACAUUUCAAAGCUGGACAUGCAGAGAGCGAUUUUUCUAAGAAAACUAACUUGGAAGUGCUUUGAUUUUUUUUACGACUCUGAACACUCAAACUGAAGCCAGACAAGAGUGCUGUAAUUUGUGAUGUUGGUAAUUCAAAUGAUAGUUCUCUUUCUCUAUUAUCUAUAAGAAAUCUUUCAAUUGGAGUUGUGUUCUCUUUUGUUUGUGGUCUAUGUUUUUUGGCUCAGGUCUUAUGAUAAAACGGGUGUUGGAUGUGAUAAAUGUACAUGGCCUAUCUCAAGGACUGAAAAAUGUCAUCGAUCCAUCACAAACCCCCCCCAUACUGAGAAUGGAGUAUUGUUCAACUGUCAAGCACUAUGAGAAUGUAGAGUAAGCUUUUUGUGUCCCCCUCAGGCUUUGCCAAUGUAAAUAAAUUCUGUGUGUAAAUAGUUAUAACUCUCCUCAAGUGUAUUCUAAUGAUCCAGGCUAAGGGUGAAGUUAAAUGUUGCUGUAAAGAGCAAUAAAAAAAAGUGUUUUUGUAAUUACUGUUUAUUUCUCUGCUGUAACCGCUUGCCUUUUGAACAUAGGACUGAUUCAAACCACUUUCCAUGUGUGUAUAUGUGUGUUUGCAUUACCUUCUUCUUAAAAUAUAGAAUCACUGUCCAUAAAUAAAGGUUUGUUCAGUUGUACAUGGGUCACUUCCUGUUUGGUUUGUGGUCAUUGUGGGGACUGGUUUGAAAGUAGCUGAGAGGAGACAGAAGAUGAAGGGGAAUGAGAAGCACCAGGACACACCAAGGCUGACUUGUAUCUCUCACUACAUUGUAUCGUCAUCACUGACAUAUA